AUGUCUUUUUUUUUAUUCAUUUUUGGAAUUUACAGCCACGACCGAAAGCUAAUUUGCUUCCCCUCCCUUCCUGCGCCGCCAGCAACAGCAGCCGUAGUUGUCGUCGUCGUAGCCACUACAGUCGUCAUUUACACCAGCAGCAGCCGUAGCCGUCGUCGUCGCAGCCACUCCGCCUUUGUCCUCAUCAUCACCAGCGGACCCGCGACUGACCAGCCUCCGCCUUCGUCCUCAUCAUCACCAGCGGACCCGCGACUGACCAGCCUCCGCCUUCCCUCCGCCUUCGUCCUCAUCAUCACCAGCGGACCUGUGACUGACGAGCCUCCGCCUUCGUCCUCAUCACCACCAGCGGACCCGCGACUGACCAGCCUCCGCCUUCGCCCUCAGACCAGAAGCCUGCCUGAUCCAGAGACGACUUUUACCUCAUCUCCAACACCACUCAGGAUUUUGGUGAGGAACAUUGUUGAGCAGCCACGCCUGGCUCGUCUUGGCCUUGUGUGCAGGAGCGAAGUCCUGCUGGAAGACGUAGGGGCGUUCGGCGGCGAUCUCGUCCAUCCGGGGCUUCACCACGCUCCUCAGCACCUUCUGGUAGAUCUCAGCGGUGACUCUCGGACCCUUUUGAAAGAAGAACGCAGAGAUGACGUCCCCCUCGCUGGAGAUGACGCCAAGGACCAUGACGGAGGAGGGAAACUUUGUAUGCUUCACGACGGGAACCUCCUCGAUGUCUUUGCUGAUGCACCUGUCGUUCGGCCUGUUACUCGUCUGGUCCUGGAUGAAAUUCUUUUCAUCAGAGAAGAAUCCCAGCCUCCCAGCGGACCCGUGCUUGAGCUCGUUCAGCAAAGCCGCCGCCUUGACCUUCUUCGACUCAUUGGAGGCAUUCGUGAUGAGCAUGCGGUGAGAAUUGCGCUAGGAGGAGUAACCAAUGUCCUCCUUGUUCGUUCAGCAGAUCGUCGACUUGUCACAGCCCAUGUCAGCGGUGAUCUUGGUGUAGCUCUGGCUUCUAACAUUGUCGACUGUCUCCUUGACAGCGGCGACGAACUCGUCUGUCCUAACGACCGAAGAACGAACGUUGUGGGCCUUUCGUUUGGCAGUAAACUCGUCCUUGUUCUCACACGCCUUUCACUUCCUCCAAAUGUCCAUGACCAUGGUCCUCUUGAACCGAAACCAGGCCAUCACUUCCGAAGGCUUCUUCCCGACGCCAAAAGAAGCUACUACUUCUGCUCUGUGCUCAUAUUCCAUCCUGAAAAAGGGUAG